GGCAAGCAUUCUGCACUUUUGGCUGGACUCGGCCGAAUUAGUUUGGAAACUUUAGUCAGCCAGGGUCACGUUUGGCUCGCAGCAGAUUCGCAUGGAGUUUUGGUUCUUCUGCCAAGGUUUCCAGUUUUAAACUUGCUGUUUUCCUCAUUCAUCUUUAUCUGUGCUAGUCACGAGAUACACAGAUUGACGUUGGUGCUGACGUCGUACGCAGUUCCAAGUGAUUGGCAGAUGGUUGCUCGAAACCUGCUUGUUUUUACUGCAAUCUUAGUCCCGAUUGGAAUUCACGACGGGAUGUUUUAUUAAGUUAAGUAGAGCAAAAUCAGUUAACGAACAAUUUAUUAAAAGUGGUGACAAUUUUGUGAAUAUGUACAAAGACGACAAUGAAACAAAAGUGAGUGGUCUGCAAGUUGAUACUCUAAAAAGCCAAAAUGUACAAAAUAAGGAACUUGCGAAUCACUCAUCUUUACAUUUCUUAAUUCGUAAUUUCAACUAGUGUUCCCGAAGACUAGACUAGUCACACGGAUUUACACAUCGUGUACUCCUACCUACGCUUUUUAUUUAAAUUAAUCUGUACUUAAAUAUAUACACCCGAAAAUAAAAAGACCAAAGGCUUUUUCA